AAACCCUGGCCCGGUCGCAGUCAGCGUGCAGACCCCGAGACCUCGACGAUGCGAUCGCUCCUGCCAGGCACGCUGGUGCUGCUCUCGCUGUGGCUCGUCCAAAACGCGCUCGCCGCCCAGGACGCAGACGAGGCCUGUGAGAGCCUUCCGGCCGAAAUACACCUCAUCAAAGAGGAAUUCGACGAGUUGGGCAGGCUGCAGCGCACUUGCAACGGCGACGUGGCGGUGAACAAAUGCGAAGGACAGUGUUCCUCCCAGGUGCAGCCGAGCGUUGUCACCCCGACCGGAUUCCUCAAGGAGUGCUUCUGCUGCAGGGAGACGUUCAUGAGGGAGCGCACCCUGACCCUGAUGCACUGCUACGACCCUGACGGCACCCGUCUGCACGGCGACAAGGAAACGAUGGACGUCAAGCUGAAGGAGCCGGCCGAGUGCAAAUGCUACAAGUGCGGCGCCGACGAAUGCUCCGUCACGCCCGUCAUCCACGUGCUGCAGUACCCGGGCUGCGUGCCCAAGCCCAUUCCCAGCUUCGCGUGCACCGGCCGCUGCACCAGCUACCUCCAGGUGUCCGGAUCCAAAAUUUGGCAGAUGGAACGCUCGUGUAUGUGCUGCCAGGAGAGCGGAGAACGCGAGGCCAGCGUCACGCUUUUCUGCCCCAAAGCCAAACCCGGAGAGCGAAAAUUCAGAAAGGUAAUAACAAAGGCGCCGCUGGAGUGCAUGUGCCGGCCGUGCACGGGGGUGGAGGAGAGCGCGGUAAUCCCGCAGGAAAUCGCCGCUUACGGAGACGAAGGGCCGCUCACCGCCCACUUCAUUAGGAGCAACCAAUUGUAGUAACCGAAAUUGAAACUGCUGUGCGAGAGUUUGUGUGUUCUUUGCAUUGAGGGUGUAAUUAGCUAAUAAAAUCAUUCGUCACAAGUUUAGUUGGACUCGUUCAUUGUUGAAAGCAGCCACCACGUGCGAUUUUAUUAAUAUCAAAUUCCAAUCAUUUUUACUUAUCAAUCUACUUCUACCCUUAAGUAUCAUUGCGUCGUAUAAUUAUGUGUAUAAAAAAAUAAAAUUGAGAGAGAAGCAGAUCCACGGACGAUCGGCCUCACUUUUCCAAAACGCCUGUUCCGAUUAUGAAAGCAAGACUAAAUGAAAUUUGACUAAAAAUCAAAAUAAUGAUUUUAAUAUAAAAUAUAACAAAUUUGGAUAAAUACCAUUUUUUAGACAGCCAAGUAGAUUAAAAGGACAAGACAAGUUUAAAAUUUAAGUUUUUCCUCCCCAAAGACUACAGGGGAGUAACACAAGUAAUAUCCCAGAGAU